AUGUUUGGUCGAUUAUCUCGGACCCAAUGCAUACCGUUGCCGACUAUAUCAGGUAGUAUUCGGCACUUCUCAUUAUCUGCUGCGCGACGGAACCAAGGUCCCUUAUCCGAUAUCACAGUUGUCAGUUUGGAGCAAGCAAUUGCCGCCCCGUUUUGUACAAGACAACUGGCAGACCUAGGCGCACGCGUGAUCAAAGUCGAACGACCCGGCGUAGGAGAUUUCGCGCGCAACUAUGAUACCAGGGUCAACGGGCUCGCCUCGCACUUUGUUUGGACAAAUCGGUCAAAGGAAAGCCUUGCGCUGGACGUGAAGAAGCCUUCAGACCAUGCGGUAUUGAUGAAGCUACUCGGCAAGGCCGAUGUGCUUGUGCAGAAUCUUGCCCCCGGGGCGAGUUCUAGGUUAGGUCUCUCCUUUGACGACUUGAAAGAAUCGCAUCCGGGUCUCAUCGUCUGCGAUAUCUCUGGAUAUGGACAGGAUGGGCCAUACCGAGACAAGAAGGCGUAUGAUCUUCUUGUGCAGAGUGAAGCGGGCAUGCUCUCUGUUACCGGGACUGGCAACGAGCCUGCCAAAGUCGGGAUUUCCAUUGCAGAUAUCGCAUCUGGCAUGUACGCCUACAGCAACAUCCUGGCAGCAUUAUUGCAGCGCUCCAAGACCGGCCGCGGAAGCCACAUCGACAUUUCUAUGCUAGAGUCCAUGGUCGAAUGGAUGGGAUUCCCGAUGUACUACGCCUACAACGGCGCUCCUGGCCCCGUGCCCGCGGGAGCCUCCCACGCCUCCAUAUACCCUUACGGCCCAUUCGAAACGGGCGACGGACAAUCAGUUAUGCUGGGCAUCCAGAACGAGAGAGAAUGGGCGAACUUUUGCACGCUAGUCCUCUCACAACCCGACCUCGCGACGGAUGCCAGAUUCUCCACAAACUCUGUCCGCACACAGAAUCGGGAAGCGCUGAAGGACAUCAUUCAUAAGUCCUUUGCGGACCUCACCGCGGGGGAAGCUACGCGCCGGCUCGAUGAGGCUUCUAUCGCUAAUGCAAAUGUGAAUGAUAUGCAUGGAGUCUGGGAACAUGCGCAGCUGCGCUCUCGCAAUCGGUGGACUGAGGUGCAGACGCCUGAGGGCCCUGUGCCGGCUCUUCUCCCGCCUGGAUUCGCACCCCUGAGUUCUGGAAACGAGGGUGUGCAUGCACGAAUGGACCCUGUCCCAAAGGUGGGCGAGCACAACGAAUCGAUUCUGGCGGAGUUGGGAAUCACAACCAGCAACAAAGAAUAG